AUGGACUCGCCAAACGGCGCUCAUCUGAGCCCAACUCGGGACGCAGAGACACUGUCGGCUGGAUCAACUGCAAGGAACGAAUCAACAGCAAGAACCAUGGAUGUCAACAAUUGUUUGGAAAAGGACUUUUCACAGCCCAAUGGAUAUGGCAACGGCUUUCCUGGGCACCUCAACCUCGAUGCUUCAGUUGAUUCCAAUACCGCGCUUCAUCAUAUCCGGACAGCAGGCAGUAUUUCCAUCUCGCCAGAAUUGUUUGAGAAGCUCUAUCUCUCGCCCCCAAAUAAAGUAAAAGGCGAAUUAAGGAAGACCUUCGGCAACCCCACACCAAUCGCUAUCAUUGGUUUCUUGCUGUCUCUGUUUCCGCUGAGUAUGACUCUUAUGGGUUGGCGAGGCGCUGGAGGUACUGGCGCGGCGAACAUUGGGUGGUAUUAUUUUGCCGGAGGUCUUCUAAUGGUUCUUGGUGGCCUUGGUGAAUGGAUUCUAGGCAACACCUUUCCAUUCGUCGUAUUCUGUUCUUUUGGGGCUUUUUGGCUAGGCUUCGGCGCUACACUCCAGCCGUUUUACAACGCAUACGGGGCAUAUGCCAAUCCCUCAGUCCAAGGCAGCACAGGUCUGGAGUCCGUCGGCUUUAAUGUCGGUAUCGCAUACUUCCAAAUCGCCAUGGCCAUCCUGUGCCUCAUCUUCCUCAUCUGCUCCAUCCGUACGAACUUGGUCUUCUUCAUGAUCUUCUUCAGUCUGACGCCAGCAUUCGGCCUUCUAGCGGGUAGCUAUUUUCAGGCUGCCAAUGGCAGGGCAUCUCUUGCUAAGAAGCUAGCCGAGGCUGGUGGUGCAUUCUGCUUUGUUGCAUGCUUAUGCGGAUGGUACAUAUUCUUUGCUAUAAUGCUGGCCAGUGUCGAUUUUCCCUUCAAUAUCCCCAUUGUGGACCUGUCCAGUGUAGUCAAAGGGGCGAGCGAGAAACGCAAAGUCGAACACGUUGAGUGA